AUGCCAAAAUACAAGAGUGCAAAAUUCAUGUUCAAGGACGACCCAAACAACAAGCGAUGGGCCGAAGAUAAAUCACGUCUCGGAUUUAAACUGUUGGAAAAGAUGGGGUGGAAAGAAGGUGAUGGACUUGGAAAAAAGAGAGAUGGAAUGACAGAGCAUGUAAAAGUUGCGUUUAAAACAGAUACAGCAGGAAUUGGUGCACAUGAAGAAGCCAAGAAGGAACGUACAGUGUGUCAAAAGAUGUCUUCCUUCUCGGAAGUAUUAGAACGAUUAAAGACAACCACAAAACAAGAUUCUUCGAGCAGUGAAGAUGAAUCAACUGAGAAAUCCAAAACAGAAGAAGAACCAAAGACAAAAACAAACAGAAUUCACCAUCACAGAAGAGCACGAUCGAAAAUGACAAGCAAUUAUUCACAAGAGGACUUGGCUGCAAUUCUAGGAAAAAGCCCUUUAACUAGCGAAACCAAGUCGAACGAAAAGACUAAGAAAAAUUUGGAUUUGGGAGAAACAAGCUCACCAACAAUUAACACAACAGCCUCCACAGAAUCUGAAAAGAAGAGAAAGAGAAAAGAAAAGAAAGAGAAAAAAGAAAAGAAAAAGAAAAUAGAGGAUUUGGAUGAGUAA